UCUCGCGCAGCCCCGAGCAGGCAGCAGGUCUGAGGCCACGCGCGCUCUCCCUCGCUCCUCCAGACAAGUGCAAGUCAAGUGGACGCGAUGUCGAACGCGGAAUGCAGCACUUCGUCCUGAGUGGAAGAGAAAGCGACUAACAGCUGGAGGAAAAAGCGACGAGGCUUCCGCGGCGUGGGACGACGUGAUUCACAGUAUCAUUGACAGCUUCGGCCGCCUCAGAAAAUGAGCGCUAAAUCAGCCAUCAACAAGGAGGUCUUCAUCCCUCACGAUGAGAAGAUGCUGGCAGCCGUGCAGGUGAAGCGGAAGAACAAGAAGAAGAUUCCCUUCCUGGCCACUGGAGGUCAAGGAGACUACAUGACCUUUAUCUGUCUCUCAGUGACCAAGAAGAACCCCUCGCACGUCUCCAUCACUAAGGUGAAGCAGUUCCCAGGCUCCUCCGCUUUUGUGAAGCGCUCACAGUGGACGCUAGACCAGCUACGGCAGGUCAACGGCAUCGACGCCAACAAGGACUCUCCGGAGUUCGACCUGACCUUUGAAAACGCAUUCGACCAGUGGGUGGCCGGCUCAGCGGGCGAGAAGUGCACCUUCAUCCAGGUCCUCUACCACACCUGCCAGCGCUACAUCUCCACGCGCAAGCCGGAGUUUGUCAACUGCCAGUCCAAACUGAUGGGGGAAGCGCCACCUGUAGAUUCAGUCUUUGUCCGUUGCAAAGUGUUUAUGAAACGAGUGAGGAAAGAUCUGGUCGCGAACCAAAGUCAACUGCUCAGACGAGGGAACAGCAUCCUGCACUCGGCUGCAGACAGUGUGACCAGCGCGGUGCAGAAGGCCAGCCAGGCGCUGAACGAGCGAGGAGAGCGACUGGGACGGGCGGAGGAGAGGACGGCCGACAUGAUGAACAGCGCCGAGCAGUUCGCCGUCACCGCGCACAAGUAAACAAAGUCCCUCCACUGCAGGAACAGAAGCUCGCCAUGAAGCACAAGUGUUAAGCCACUGCCUCAUCCACCCCGGGCGGGGUCGAGGGGGGGUCACCAAACGCCCUGACGCUUGAGCACGAGCGGGAUCCACCAAGUCGAUUCUGUUGUCGUUUUGUUAACACUGUUAACAAGUCUUGCAUUCUCACACAGCUGGAAGGUUACUACUGUUGAACAGAAUGUUCUGAGCCGACAUCAGCAACGCGCUAGUCGCUAAUGUCAUUCCGACUUCUGGUUUUAGCGUCGCCAUUUCAUUUCACCGUUCUGCACAGCUGGUGUCAAAUACUGUUGUUUUGCCGAGUCAUGAAGCGAGAAAUAGUUAAAUAUAGCAAUAUCUGUUGAGUCACGAGUCACUGCACUCUGAUGCUACUUCGAUGCACAACAUAACCAGUGAUAAACAGAUAAACUUGUUAAAUAUAGUUGUCGAUAAAAUGCUUUAAUUUCACGGGAUUCACAUGCUACUGAGCUAAUGCCGCGGUGCUAGCGCUUAGCAUCGCAAUGUUAGCCGCUGAAAGAUUGUUUUGUCCUCUCCCACACACUUUUGGAUUCUUCAACAUAGUGAACUCUUUUUUUUUUUUGUUGUGACUGUAUAAACUAAAAAUCCUUUCAGUAGUUUUUAAGCUUCUGCAGUGUGCCAAGCUAAUGUGCUAAUAUCUGUAGAGCUAACGUAAACAUUGGGGUGAGCGGGGCGCAGGAGAGUCGCCCCGAGCUUCGUUUUAACUUUAAAAUAGUCCAACUGUGUGCUUUUAUUCUGUAUAUAUAUUUCUUAAUUUGGUCACUAUAUUGAUCUUUUUACUGGUAUUUAAAUAUAGCAACAGCAGUGUAAAGUAGCCUCUCCUUCAAGUGUGACUCUAGCGCCCCCAGCCCACGUCUGAGAUGUAUUUGAUUCUUUUCUACCGUCUUAUUCAUGACAUUCUUCCGCACUGACUGUUGACUUAUUAAAUGUUUCAGUUGCUUAAAUCUUUGUGUCACUUUAUUACCUAAUUCAGCUCCGUAGGUUUGGAAUUUGGAAGUGAAGCUCAGGUUUGUCACUGCUUUUACCACCAGGUGGCAGUACAGAUCACGAGAACUUUGACCUCCACUCUUUCUUUUCAAACUAUGUGAAAUGAUAGCAAAUACUCAUUUAAUUUUUGUAAUAUACU